AUGCUUCCAUUUUGCCUAAUAAAUAUUCUUCUAUCCAUCACGGCAUCUCUGGGCAAUUUUCUUAUUUUGAUUGCCCUUCGCAAGGUAUCCGUAACUUCUCUUCAUCCGCCAACAAAACUGAUGUUCCAAUGCCUGGCGGUCUCCGAUCUUGGUGUUGGUCUCAUUUCCCAGCCACUUUUUAGCCUCUUAUUCCUGAAAUGCUGCUUCUAUGAAAAGAUGACUUGGAAUGUACUUUAUAUCGCCAACUGGUCUUCAUCCAUUAUUUUUUGUGGAGUGUCGAUGUCGACGUCAACCGCCUUAAGUGUGGACAGACUUCUUGCCCUGUUUCUUGGGCUAAGAUAUAGAAGAGUUGUAACACUAUGUCGAAUCCGUGCCAUUAUUUGCUUGUUUUGGUUCAUUGCUGUUUCGUGUACUUUUGUGAUGUUUUAUGGCAGUUAUUAUGUUUUUCUGACCACAAUUACCACUGCGAUAGUUCUUUCUUUAGUAAUUUCACUGGUUUCCUACUCAAAGAUAUUCCUUAGACUUAGACAACAUCAGCGUUGUGUACAAGAGAAUGCUCAUGAUGGACAACCGAACGGAGGUAGAAUUCCACUGAACAUAGCACUUUACAAAAAGACGGUCGUUAGUAUAGCGAUGGUACAGGUUGCCUUGUUUGUAUGCUAUGUACCGUCAAUAAUUUCUCUGAUAACCAUACGACCGAGUGAUCAUGACAAUAGCCAUAGCACUACACUGAUCAUCGUUCGAGAGGCUGCCACCACUAUUUUUUACUUAAACUCGUCUCUUAAUCCAUUUUUGUACUUUUGGAGGAUGAAAGAAUUAAGACAAGUAGUGAAGGCGAUAAUCAAAAGGGUUUUUUCGUGCCUUAUUUAA